GCGUCGGCUCAGCCGAGGGAUGGCGGCAGGGGUCUCCUCGUCGUCCUGCGGCCGAGGCGGGCUGCAGCCGCUCAAAGCCACCGUCCCGUUCCAGCUGCAGCAGCGGCGAGGCGGAGACGGGGGCCGGGCAGCCAGCGUCCCGUGUGCUGCUGGUCCUGCUGAGAAGGCCUUCCGGAACAAACCUCCCAGGGUAAAGCGCACUUCUUCCUUGGACACCGUCCUCGGCUCAUACCUCCUCGGUCAGUGGCCUCGGGAUGCUGAAGGAGCAGCUGUCUCGCACAUGAGCGACAAAUCUACACAGACUCCCGUAUCCUGGCAUGAAGCAGAGGUGGGGAAAGCCGCUCUUCAUAAGCGCUCUGCCUCCUGGGGAAGCAUGGAUCAUCGCAGAGAGAUCGCUAAACUGAAGCAGCAGCUUCAGCGAACGAAGCUCAGUGGCAGAAAUGGCAAAGAGAAGGAACGGAGCUCCCCUGUCCAGGGAGAUCAUACUGUGCUCCCAACGGUCAAGGUCUCCCCACCCGCACCUUUCCCACCCUCAGCUGCUGUAUCGUUCAGCCACUGGAACAACAGCCUUGACGGUCUCAACCGGGAGUUGGAAGAGGCGUUUGUGAAGGAGCAAGGAGAUGAAGAACUUCUCAGAAUUCUGGAUGUCCCCGAUGGCCACAGGGCCCCGGCCCCUCUCCAGAGGGGCCCUGGCGAUUCUCUGCUGCCACGGCUGGAGCAUAGCAGUAGCAGCUGCAGCAGCCUUUCUCUCUCCCCGUCCCCUUCCACUGCUCCGGGACCGUCCCCACACACUCCUGCUCGCACAGCUGCAGAAGACCUUUCCUCUGGUGCCUUAGAAACACCCCUGCUAGAAACCAAAGGAAAAGAAAACGGCAACAGUUCUCCGGUCCUUGCUUUUGCCUUAUCUCCUCGCCCCAACCACACCUACGUGUUCAAGAGGGAACCUCCAGAGGGCUGCGAAAAAAUCCAUGCUUACGAGGAAGUGGCGCCACUUAGCCCCGACCAGACUUUCCUGUCUUCCUGUCCUGAUAAGAACAAAGUCCACUUCAACCCAACCGGCUCCGCCUUUUGCCGUUUCAGCCUGGUGAAGCCUCUGAUUCCCGACGUGGACUUCCUUUUCACAGACUUCUCUUCCUCUCCCGGACACGUGCCUCCGGACACAUGCUCCCGCCAGCCCACACCCAAGGUCCCGCUCCUCACCUUGCGGAAAGACUCGAGGGCCGACGACUUCAGCGAGACCCCUCAGUCACCUCUGUUGGAAUCCUGGAAGCGGAACCAGGCCGAAGACACUAUCCUCUUCCACAGCUCCCUGGUUGUCUAA